GAGGCGCCGCGGUGCCAAGCGGCUCCCGCGCUCUGCGGCGGGCAGCGCGGUCCAGCGGCGUCCGGCCGCGCCUCCCGCCGCCGGCUCUGCGCCGCCUCCGUCUCCGCCCCACGUCCCCCGCGCUCUCAGGCUGCGGAGGCCCGCGCGCCCACACGCCCGCCCAGCAUGUCUGCGCUCGAGUGGUUCGCGCACAAGUCUCUGGGCGAUGGCGUCUUCUGGAUCCAAGAGCGCUUCUAUGAGUCGGGCAACCGCGCCAACAUCUGGCUGGUGCGCGGCUCCGAGCAGGACGUGGUGAUCGACACGGGCCUGGGGCUGCGCAGCCUGCCCGAGUACCUGUACUCCUCCGGCCUCCUGCAGGACCGCAGCGCCAGGGAGGAGGAGGAGGAGGCGGCGGCGGCCGGCCGGCCCCUGCUGGCCGUGGCCACCCACGUGCACUUCGACCACUCGGGCGGCCUCUACCAGUUCGACCGGGUGGCGGUGCACCACGCCGAGGCCGAGGCGCUGGCUCGCGGGGACAACUUUGAGACGGUGACCUGGCUCUCCGACAGCGAGGUGGUGCGGGCGCCCAGCCCCGGCUGGCGGGCCAGGCAGUUCCGCGUGCAGGCGGUGCAGCCCACGCUCAUCCUGCAAGAUGGAGAUGUGAUCGACCUCGGUGACAGACAGCUCACGGUCAUGCACAUGCCAGGCCACUCCAGGGGCAGCAUCUGCCUACACGACAGAGACCGCAAGAUCCUCUUCAGCGGAGACGUCGUGUACGAUGGGUCGCUGAUUGACUGGCUGCCCUACAGCAGGAUAAGCGACUACGUCGGCACCUGUGAGCGCCUGAUAGAGUUAGUGGACAGAGGCCUGGUGGAGAAGGUGCUCCCUGGGCACUUCAACACCUUCGGUGCCGAGAGGCUUUUCCGAUUGGCUUCCAACUACAUCUCGAAAGCUGGCCUCUGUCACAAAGUCUCUACCUUUGCCAUGCGGUCUCUUGCUAGUUUAGCCCUCCGUGUAACUAAUUCCAGGACCUCACCCUAGUAUCCGUAGCAGUCUGCUUUGAUUAACUACAUCAAUGAAUGCAACUCAUUUUGUGCUGUUUAGAAUGAGCAUUUCGACAAGUGCUUUUACACCAUUAUUGUAUGUUAGAGGGGUGAAAAAAAAAAAAGGAUUGAGAGUGAAUAAGCCAAAAAUGGAAAUUUAAAAAUUUUUUUCUUUCUUUAAGGGCAGAAGCCACUUACAUAAACUUUAUAAUUUGCCAAGGCCAUCACCUUGUGAUAUUUACUUUAGGAACGACAUAGAAUUCAUGGGGGAAGCCAGGAGGCAGUUUGCAGCAAGGAAAGAACUGCCCUCUUCUGUUUGUCUUAUUCUACUUCCUAGAUGGCCUAGGAAGAAAGACGUGUGGAGCUUUAUCUUCACACUCCAAACUCGGUACAGUCAGUGUUUCAUUCAGAGAUAAAGGUUCUUGGGUUCAAAAUGCAUUAGAACUCAGUGCAACAGAUGAAUUCUCAUUUAGAAUGAGAGCUAACAAGUUGCAGUGUUACGGUCCUGAAUUUUUUAUGCUACCUUUUAUUUAUUUAUUCUUUAUUUAAUUAUAGCAUUCAUUAUAUGGCGUGUAAUUUAACUUUUGAGAAGUGCAAUGAAUCUUGUUUUAUCACAAAGCUUUAAAUAUAAAUUAUAGAAUGCUUCAGUCAAAAGCUAAUAUAUAUUGUUUGUUAUGUAAGUAAUAUUUUCAAUCAUAAAAGUGAGAUUUAAAUGUCUGUAAUAUAACUGAAAAUUGUCAGAUUUCUCAAAAGGACACUGUCAGGCAAAUUGGAAAAUAUACACAUUAAAAUAAUUUUUAUUAUAUCCUAUUUUAAUAUUAACAGCUAAUAUAAACAACAUUUUUCUUGUUAUAUAGCAACCUCAGUAUUGUGUCACUUUUUACAGUAUCAGAACAGCUUGGAGAUCUACACCAUCGUAAAAGGAACCAUGCUUUUACUUAGUACAACAUGGAUAAGUACCACAGAAGGGUUUUCAAGUUAAGUGCAAAGUGUGCAUUAGACAUUGGCUCCGUGAAUUGCCUUUUCUAUCCUGAUUCACAACACCUAUUCCCGUUCAGUAUUCUUUGUCUCGAAUGAAACGAAAUCUGCAUUCAUGAAGUCAUAGGAAAGAUUUGGUGCUCUCAAAAAUAUUUUAUUAAAAAGCCUUUUUGGAAUAUUUCAUGAAGGUUUUUUAAACAGUUUUUUCCACUGGGUUUUUUUUUUUAAUUAUUAUUAUUGACAUGUCUGAAACCCAACAGAAUUUUACAAAUCUGAUUUUUUUUUAUAUUAGGAAGGUUCAGCAAUUUUGAGUUCUGAAGAGUUACGAAACCUUUAUUCUAAAGGGUUCCCUGCAGAUACCGAAGUUCUGUAUUUCUUUUAUUCAGUCAACAGCCUCCACUGCCACCACCACAUGCAUACACAUGGUCCUGCAUAUCCACGCACAACACUGUGGAAGCUCAAAAAGUCAGAGACAACGUGACCACCGGAUGAUAUCUCAGGCUGAAGUUAGCGCAACUUUCUACUGAGUGCAGGGGACUUGAACGGAGGGGUAUGGAGUCUGGUUAGGGGACGUGUCCCAGAGGAGAGGCUUUUCUGCCAGGUUUGUUAGGUUGUCAGGGUAGGAAACAGAGAGAUCCAAGAAUAAACAUACAGGCUGCCGUCUGAAGUAGCCUGUUCCUGCUGGCAGUAUAAAUUCAGUUUUCAGGAACCGCCUAUCUCCCUGGCAUGAGCAAGAAGGGUCUGUGACUGUGUGAGUCAUCCCUCCUGACAGGUGGGCUGAACUGCCACGUGCCACCAAGUGAACCCUGACCUCGAAAGGAGGCCAUGAUUGGUUCAGGCAUAGAGCAUCAUGGGAGCUACGGUCAUUCAAGGCAGCAGGUCUGUUUCAACUGACAGCUCAUCGAGAAUAUAGAUUUGGUUCAGGGCACCUACAAACAAUCACAUAUUGAGCCUUAAAUAUAGCCAUUAUUUUUAUAUCAGUAGCACAAAAGAAAACCAAAAGUCCUUAACCAUUUACCAUUUUAUCAUAUUUUUGGACUGUUUUUUAAAUCAGGGUAGGGUAGGCAUUAAGUUUUAUUAACAAAUAUUUAAUCCUGCUAAGGAGUUUUCUUAUGUAUUGAAAGUGCAAUUUUUCAUAACAUUGAUUUUUUUUUAAUUUCCCAAUUUUAUUUCAAUUUUUCAAAUUGUAAUACAGCAUAAGACUAUGAUAUUUUGCUAUUGUUUUAAUAUGCAUGCAUUGGGGAAAAGAUGUCAUUCAUUGAGUGUCCAUACUGUGCAUUUUAAAUAUGCAUUAUUAAUUUAAUCCUGGUCCCAGCACCAAGAGGUAAUUGACCAGCCUCAUAUAUCACAGUUUUGGACCUGGGUGGUAAUUGAAUACAAGUCUGUCAGUCCCCAAACUAUGCUGUUUCCCUUAUACCUGCACAAUAACAUAAAAUUGGCAGAGCUUCUCUUUACUUUCAAAGAUGCCGCAUGUGCCAAGAAGAAAUCAAAUGAUGUUAAAUCAUAAUAAGAACAUAUUUUUCAAAAACUUUUGAAAUAUAUAUUUUCACCCUGACAGUGACCCUUGUAAUUUAUGAUUUUUGGAACUGCUAGUGUGUAAGUAUAAUUCAAAGUUGUCAACAUGUAAGACGUUUAGAAAUAAGUUUUUAUUUAUAUCAUUAAUAAGCAGUCUUUGGAAAUGUAUUUUCCUUAUGUGAUGUCUCCUUCUAACUGAGAAACUAACACAAAAGCCUUGUGUGUUAUCCUGAUGUAGUCGGAUAAAUGAUUCUGUGUAUUCGUUCUUACGUGGAUAGUAAUGUGAAUGUGAAAUGCACAAAUUGUCCUUGUAUAAUUUUCAGAUAAGUGUAAACAAACAUUUGUGUAAUAAAUAUUAAAGUGGACAUUUUAUUUCAA